GAUUAAAGCAUUCUUUAAUAAGCACAGCUAGAUUUGAGGAAGAAAAAAGCGAGAAACUAUGAGGAUUUAUAUUAAUACAAACUUAGAAAUAUAGAUCUGUGUUAAACUAUAGACAAUUCUACAAAAAAGAGAAGUUAGAUUAGAUAAGAAGUGCGGUUCUAUAUAAGAGGAUCUCACAUAAUUAUAUACAAAGCCACUAUUGAUUCAGGUCAUGAUUGUUGUGAAUAAUAUUCUUUUGGUCCAAAGAAAUCAUGGAAGUCUCCAGCUCUUGUCACAAACAAGCACGAGCAUUGCUCGCCGAAUUAGCAGCAAAGUGCAAUUUGGGAUCUAGGAAAGGGUUUGGGUCAAUGUCCUCGUCAUUAUAUGACACAGCAUGGCUUUCUAUGGUGCAAAGUCCAAAGACGGAGUCUGGGAACGACGUGGCUAGCACGUGGUUGUUUCCAGAAUGCUUUGAUUUUGUGUUAGCACAACAGCUACCCUCUGGGGCCUGGGAGUCUUACGCCACGCCAGUCGAUGGCAUUUUGAAUACGGCUGCAGCUCUACUGUCUCUGAUCCAGCAUUUGAAGGUCCAACCUGACAGUCAUGAUUGGCGACUCAGAUCCCAGAAAGCUCAGGUCGCCCUGAAGAAGUUACUGAAUGAAUGGGACAUGCAUUCGACGGACCAAGUUGGGCAGGAGAUUUUGAUCAUUUCACUUCUGAGUCUACUUGAGAACGAAGGUGUUUCGAUAGAAUUUUCACAGCUUAGUGCUCUGCGCGCUGUCCGAGAUGCCAAGCUGACCAAAAUCCCGCCUUCGACGAUUUACAAAAUCAAAUCUACUCUGUAUCAUUCUCUCGAAGCUUUCAUCGGUCAUAUUAAUUUUGAUAAUGUCAGUCAAUGGCGAGAGGGAAAUGGUUCAUUGAUGAACUCUCCUGCGGCUACGGCUGCAUAUCUGAUGAACGCUUCAACUUGGGACGACCAGGCCGAAUGCUACCUCAGGGACGUCGUAAAUCGAGACAGUGGAGUUCAUGGUGGAAGUGUACCCUGUGCCUGGCCAACAACUAUAUUCGAGAUCAGCUGGGUCAUUCCCACACUUGCGGCAGUUGGCGUGUCGGCAGACCCGUCUGAUACAUCGGUAUUUUCCAAGUUGCUGCAAGAUGCACUGGAGCAACAGAAGGGACUUCUUGGUUUUGCUCCUGGGGUCUUGCCUGACGUGGAUGACACAUCCAAAGGAUUGGAGGCCUUACAUUACUUAGGUUACAAUAGCAGCGCCGAGGCCGUUAUUCGGAUAUUCGAAGGCGAAGAACACUUUUUAACAUAUCCGGGAGAACGGAACCCCAGCUUCAGUGCCAACUGCAAUGUUCUCAUCUUCCUUCUGGGCCGGGACGACCGCACCCAGUACGUGCCGCAGAUUACCAAAGCAGUCCGGUUUCUAGCAAGUCAAGCAUUCAACAAGAAUGUGAAGGAAAAAUGGCACCGUAAUGAGUUAUAUUGGAUGAUGCUGAUAGCUCGCGCCUUUGAGCUCCUCUACUGUAACGAAGAGAUUGCCCAGGCGGUAUUUGAAGCCAGUGCCAGUCUAAAGUGGCAGGUACCCAUGAUUUUGCUUCAGGUCCUCAUGCGCAUACUGAACACUCAGCAAAAGAAUGGGUCUUGGGACGGAAUUUGCGAGAUAACGUCGUACAGCAUCUUGGCUUUAUCUUCAUUGCUCAAAUUGCCUUUCGUCAGACAACUAGAUAAAGGAAAGAUCAUAUCCUCUAUUACCUUGGGGAAGUCGUUCCUCCUGUCAUACAGGGAUGAAUGGACCAAAGGCCAGUAUAUGUGGAUAGAAAAGGUGACAUAUAGCUCGAGCAUACUCAGCGAAGCAUACUGCCUGGCUGCCUCGCUGGUUCAAGUACCCUUCUUGGUGGAACCCGAAACGGUUUCUACCAUCGGAACAUCCCUGGAAAGCAAGGGAUUCCUAGUUCCCGAAAAGAUUCUGAUGAGUAUGCAUAAAACCGGGAGCCUCAUGUCUCUCACUCUUCUAUUUCGUGAUACAGAGCUAAGCACCUUCCGAAUUGCCGAGAUGCAGGCCUGCUUUGCUCUGCAAGCCUUGCAACAGCAUCCGACAAACAUCUUCCCUCGGACAGCUAAGGGCAAAGACAAGUACGUCUUCAUCAUACCGCUGGCUCUCAUAUUAUGCGCAGCAGCCCAUGGCUCCUCGGUUAGCCUCUCCGUUUUGUACGAGAUGAUGGUAUUGUCUAUCUUGAACUUUCACGCAGAUGAGUACAUGGAGGGUAUUAUAGAAAGGCACUUUGAAGCAGAUUUAGAUUCUGUUCGCCGACUCGUCAGGCAGCUCUUUACCGAUCCCCAUACCGAUUCUCGGAGUGGUGUGGCCAAUCGCAAGACCAACGGCUCGACUAAUGGCCAUAACAGAGCUGACUACGAUGUGAAAAACGUUGGAUCAUCGUCCAACGGCCACGUUGAUGGUCUUGUCAACCCAAGCCAGCACAACGGCUUGGGAAAUAGGCCCUCGCUGGAUGAUGUGAGAGUUGUGCUCUCUCAAUUUAAGAGGCAAAUCUUGGAGCACCCCGCUGUUCUAUCGAGUCCUGCCCGGCUUCAAGCGCGACUCGCUUUCGACCUGCAGACCUUCCUCCUAGCGCAUAUCAUGCAAGCGGAAGAUAACUGUCGUCUGCGUGCGCAGUCGAGAUCUCAUGAGAGUGAGAGUGUCCGAAAUGAAGGUAAUGAUGCCCACAGAUUCAAGGAGAAUCUGCCUCUGCAGUAUCACAACCCAAGUCGAUCCUUCUACUCCUGGGUGCGGGGCACCUCGGCCGAUCACACCUCUUGUCCGUUCUCCUUUGUCUUCUUUGAAUGUCUAGUACUCGACUCCUUAUCUAGCACCGAACAGACUCGCACUGCCGGCACGUUAGUCUCUUCGCGCACUACAUACCUUGCUGAGGACGCCUGCCGCCAUCUGGCCAGCCUUUGCCGCAUGUACAACGACUAUGGGUCUCUAGCACGCGAUGCGGAGGAGCGCUCCCUCAACUCUGUCGGCUUUCCGGAGUUCUGGGAUCGCGCUGGGAAAGCUGCGUUCGUUAGUGAUGACGUCAAGUCGGAGCUCCUGUGGGUCGCCAAGUAUGAACGGCGCGGACUAGACACAGCGAUGACACUGUUGGAAAGGGAACUGGGGCCUGGCGACCUGAUAAAUGCCCUACGAAUGUUCGUCGAUGUUACGGACCUGUAUGGUCAGAUAUACGUACUGAAGGAUGUCGGUACGCGCACCCAGUAGAGAGUUUGUUAUAUUUGAUUGGGUAGUAUACUAUCUAGUCUCCUACUCAUGAGGUCUACAUCGCUAAAUUAGCUCGCAAGAGAUUCUUCGCCUUUACUUCUGUAGCUCUUGAUCACAAUGCAUAUAUAUCAGUUUAUAUAGUUUUUUUUUUUUGAAUACAUUAAGAAUAGUUAACCAAAUAAAUUAAUUUAGUUAGAAAACA